CGGGGCGCGCUAUCGAGGAUCCCCCGGUGACAAUCGUGAAAUAGAGAGAAGCGAAGGGAGAAGUUGCCGCACCUGCCGCAGUGGUUCUCGCGGCGCCACUCACGUGUUGCAUGCGUGCCGUGGUUAUCCAUCAUGGUCGCGGGCUAGGAGCGGCUCCGAUUGGUCGGCUUUGCGGUCACGUGGUAUGGUAAUUGGGCUCCGGUGGGCGGGAAGGAGCGAACGAGGUCGUGUAGGAUCGCGAAAGUGGCGGAAGGAGAGGAGAGAAUAAGCAGCUGUCCACCGGGAGUCCCGUGCUCGUUCUGGCCCCGCUCUUUCCAUUUCUUUUCUCUCUUUCCCUCCCUCUCCUUCUUUCUCUCUCUUUCUCUCUCUCUUUUCCUCCUUUCGAGAAAACGUCACCCCUUUUCGCGAGAGGCGACGAGGUGCGCGGACGAUGGACCGGAGCGCAGUGCCGUGCAGUGUGUGCAUGUGAGAAUGGAUAUUAACUCGAAAUGGUGCUCCGGAUCCAAGAAUUGACGCGGGGAGCGAGAUAAGGGAGAGGGAUCGAGGAGUGCGGUCGUUUUCAAAUUCACUUGGACUAUCGCGCGCGCGUGCUUCUUCCGCGAGAAAGUAUUCGGGAACAUGAAUUCCUUCCUUCCAUCCGCCGCCGGUGGAUACCAUCACCAUCAGCACCAGCAGCAGGCUGGAAAUCAUCACCUGGCCGCCGCCGCGUCCUCGCUGGUCGACCCCAAGUUCCCUCCCAACGAGGAGUACAGCCAGAGUAAUUAUAUACCCUCGACCGGAGCGGACUUUUUCUCGAGCGGCGGCGGUCACCAUUUGAGUCAUCCGCAGUCCCAGCUGCAGUACGGCUACCACCAGCAUCACCAUCAAGCGGCGUCGACUCCUUACGGCGCCUCCUCCACCGUGCAAUUGAACGGAGGAUACGCGGGAUACGGCGGAUAUUACGGCACUCACCAUCCUCACCACCAAGUCCACGCGGUUCACGCCAGUUUACACUCUCAUCAUCACGCGGUGGGCGCUUUAGCGAUGCCGCCGGAAGCCCAGCAACCACCGCUCACGUGUCCCUCGUCGAUACAGAGUCAACAGCAGCAGCAGCAGCAGCAGCAGCCGCAACAACCGUCCGUACCGACGUCAACUAUCCUCGGCUCCACGCCUCUGUCCCCGUCUAUAAUGCAAAAUCACGUGCAGCAACCGGACGCCCUUCAGCAUCAUCAGCACGAGAAUAAUGCCUGCAGUCCGGCCGGCUCGGGUCAGUUGCACCGAGACAAUUCGCCUGAUCUUCAGGCGCAACAGUCCCUGUCUCAGCAAUCACAACAUAUACAGAGUGGUCAGCAGCAGACGCCGCCGCAGCAGCAACAGCACCAUGUGGAGGACAGCUCGGACGCGGACGACAUAGAGGACGGUCAGAUGGACGGUUCGCCGGGGAUAAUGGAGGAAGAGGAGGAGGAUGAAGAAAACAGGGAUCGCACGAUUUAUCCGUGGAUGAAGAAAAUUCAUGUUGCUGGCGUCGCGAACGGCUCAUAUCAACCUGGAAUGGAGCCAAAGCGGCAGAGAACUGCCUACACGAGGCAUCAGAUCCUCGAACUGGAAAAGGAAUUUCACUACAAUAGGUACCUGACGAGACGACGACGGAUCGAGAUCGCUCAUACUCUGGUCCUGUCGGAGCGACAGAUCAAAAUCUGGUUUCAGAAUCGCCGCAUGAAAUGGAAGAAGGACCACAAGCUACCGAACACGAAGAACGUACGUAGAAAGAAUGCGAACGGCCAAGCGUCUUCGGCAGCAGCUAAACCGGCGAAGACUUCGACGACGCGGGCGAAGUCCGGUACCGGCAACAACAAUAGCCAAAGGAAAAACAACAACUCACCUUCCAGCGGUAUGGAGAACAGCCUGGAUUCUAAUAUUGGUCACGAUUUGAGCGAAGUUCAUGGGGUCAGCUCAAGUAUUCCUCAUCCCGUUGGCGUGGUUCAUCCGAGCUUUCAAGGUCAUCCUCAUUCUCUGGCUCAUCUCCAAGCACAGCUGAGUCAUCAUCACGUGGGUGGAAUGAUGGACGGUCCGACGGGAGGACCGUUGGGACACAUAAGUUCCGGAAGUAUCAGUCCUCUUGCCCCGGCUACCAGUCCUCCCGGAUUGUCGCAAAUAUCAGCCCCCGUGCCGCCAUCGGCGAUAAAAUCCGACUAUGGACUCACGGCACUGUAACAUCCAUUCCGUGAGAUAUAUUCAGAGAUAUAACUUUUUUAAUAUCAUUUAAAACGACCGCCCUCCUCGGAUUCCACCGUUUGACCGGAUAUUUAUUGCAAAUUAGACGAACGUAGCUUGAGAUUUUCCUCAUUGCAACGUGGACGAGGAGAGUAGUCUCAGAACGUGGGUUGAACUCUCACAAUCUUCAAACGGCAGUAUUAUUUUUCUUUUACUUACGUGAUACCAAUAUGACAAAUGUCUAACAACCACAAUUUAACUAAGACGUAAAAUGCUAGAUCCAAAAUUAUUUAGCUAUUUCUUAAAUCUAUUAUAUAGAAAAAUGUUUCUUGUUUUGUAAAAUUGUGAAAGCCAAGUCCGAAAGAUUUGUCAUAGAACAUAAAAGAUAGAGAGAGAGAGAGAGAGACAUAAUUCUCUGUAGUAAACGAAAAUAAUAUCUGGAUGAAAGAUUAAGUACUGUCAAGUUAUCAGGUCAUCAAUAAUCAUUUGUUAUUAAUAAUUUAUAAUGAUUAUUUACGCCAAAAUAUCAAGACAGUUUAUUGUUUGUUUCAAUUUUCUGCUGCACGAGUACAUGAGUACUAAAGUUGUAUGAUUUCGAUUUUAUAAGCAUCGGUUAUUGAAUUAGUUGAACUAAGUUAAACAUUUCAAUAAUAAUGCUAUGACAAAUCCUGCAAUCGUUGUUAGCAUUGUUCAAUUACAGUUGUCCUCAAAUUAUUCAUAUUAUUGCAAAUUCCAAUCAAUGAUGAUGAAAUUUGAACAAAGAUUUCUGGUAUUACGCGUUUCACUGUUUGCAGAUUGAACACUAACAUAUCUACAGUAAAUGAUAUAUAUAUACAUUCUUAUCGCAUAAAGUUACUUAAGGUAUAUACAUAUUUGGAAUAUAUGAGUCUAGAUAUUCAUGCAUCAGAAAUUAUAAAAUUAUUUUCUUUAAUUUAGGUAUUAUAAUAAUACGCCAUUACUCUUAUUUCUGGAAUUUAUAAUUUUUACACGUCAAAUGUCUACACUUGUCAAGCUCUGAUGUGGCUUAAGCUGCGUGACUCUUGACGCACGAUUAUCUAUACCAUAUCCAAACAUGUCUGACUUCAUGUGAUAACAUAUAUAUGGCUUCUACUGUAAAAUAUGAUAAAAAAAUGUGCAUGUUUCACGCGUAACGUAUACGAUAUAAACAUCUGAAAGAUUAGAAUCCUACACCUGGCCCAUAAGAGUACAUGAGCGUGCAAACAAAACUGUAUAAAAAUCAAAUGUGCAGAAUUCCUUAAAUUAUAACGUAGUUUUUUGCAACGAAAAAAUUAUACUAGUAAAAGAAGUUGUGAGCUCCGUUAAAUGCUUCCUCUGUGUCUCCAAGCAUUUGGGGAUAUCUCGAAUUAUAAGUUUUGAUAAGAAAUGCCCCCAGUUACUUGGAGACACAAAAGGAAACGUUGAAACGGUAUUUACAACUUGUUUUAUUAACGUGACUUUUUAAUUGCAUAUAAUACGAAUAUUCAAAAGAAAAUUGAUGAAAUGUGAAUUGUAUAUAUCCGAUUUUAUGUAUGUAUAUACUAGUGUAAAGAGAAUUUUAUUACAAUACGAUUGAAGUAGUGUUCAUAUUUCGUAUAUUAUUGAAUUAUAUGUUGGUAUUAACAUAUAAUACAAAUUUACAUUAUAGAUGAAAAUUGAACUUUUAAUUAAAACUUUUAAUCAUUACGAUAUGACUGCAGAGUGUUUGUUACUAAACUAAUAUUAGAAUGCAGCAAAUUUUUAGUAAUACCGCAAACAUAAUUUCCACCUAUGUUAUGUCAUUCUGGAAAAACUAUUACCCAUUCGGAGUAGUUUAAUUGCCGGAAUACUUCGAAAGAUCUCUUUAAACACACAAAAAGAAUAAUAACACGAGUUAAUUAAAACUACCCUACUUCAACACAUCCUUCCGUGACGGGACAUUGUAAAUAAUUUGAAAUGAAUAGUAUAUAUUUUUACCGAAAGUCAGAGCGAGAGGAAUGACCAAUAAUAAUUAGGACGCAAUUGCACCGUGAAUAAAUCGGAAGUUGUACUAUUAAGCGAGUAGUAAUCAAACAAUUAAUGCACAGAACAGCUGUGACGAUAUACCAAAACAAUAUUAUUACAUGUAAGAAACAGAGUUAUAAACAUUAAGGUACAUUAAUUCUAAAGAAUCGAAUUAGUGUAACUAGUGAGGGAGCGUAAGGAAUAAGUGUAUGAGUUUCGAGAUUGUUCUAUAAGUGUGACAUUAUACCCCUCUUUGCUAUAAUUAUUAAUUGUAUAUAGCAUGUACGAUAAGGACAUCAUUGGGCACACUUCAAGGCUUAUGUUUAUAUUGAUCGUAAGGAUCGAUGAACACUAUACAACUGUCAAGUAAAUAAAUGAAUAAAUAAAUGUUUCGUAAUUUACAAUAA